AUGGAGCAACAAAACCCUCAACAACCCUCUAACCCCAUUUUGGACCACACUAGCUCUUUCAACAACAACACUAUCGUGCCGAACGAAGCAAAGGUGGCGGCGAUGCCUGAUUCUGGAGGCUCGGACUCGGUGUCAAGACCCGAAGCUGGAGGUUGGGAGCAGCAUCAUGGAGUGGUGGUUGUGAAGAGGGGGAGAGGAAGACCUCGAAAGUACUUCGACACAGACGGCAGCGGGGGAGGGAUGAUGACGUCUCUGACGUCAGAGCCGCCGCCUUCGGGGUUUGCGGAAGCGGUAGCGUCCCCACUUGAGAGCCCUGCGGUAAAGAGGGGAAGAGGAAGGCCACGUGGUUCCGGAAAACUGCAGAUUCUGGCCUCCAUUGGUGGGUUUGUUGUAGAAACAGCUGGUGGAAGCUUCACACCUCAUGUGAUGAUUGUUGGUACUGGAGAGGAUGUGGUAAGUAGGAUAUUGUCAUUUUUCCAAAAAGGCUCUCGUGCUGUUUGCAUACUUUCAGCUACUGGUUCUGUGUCUAGUGUUGUAAUUCGCCAACCUGGUGGUCUAUUGAGAUAUGAGGGUAGGUUUGAGAUUUUAUCUUUAUCUGGAUCAUGCACCUACACCAAUGGCAAUGGUAAUGCAUAUCGCAAAGAUGGCAUGUUGAGUGUUUCUCUUGCUAAACCUGAUGGAAGGGUUUUUGGUGGCGGCAUUGAGAACUCUUUGAUUGCUGCUGCCCCUAUUCAACUUGUUUUGGCCACUUUCAAGCAAAAUAUCAGCAACCAAAUCAAGAAGAGGUACUCAUCUGACCCUUCUUCUAAUGGUGUCCCCUAUGCUGCUGCUGCUGCCAUCGCUGUCGUGCCGGAUAUUCCGGAUUCCUCAAGGGGUAGCCACAAAGUUCUUAAGUUAUCAUUACAAGAACAGAGUUUCCCUUCACCACCAGGAACAACAAAUGCAAUUCAAGAUGGUGUCACAACUGUAACAACUAAUGACAUAGCAGAUAAUGUGAUUCCUACAACAACAAAUGUGGUGUCAAAUAAUGUCAUUGCUGAAGAUCUCAACAUGCAUUCUUCCUCAAUCGAGGAUGCUAUUGACCUUGACCAAACAGCCUCACCAGCAGAUGUGGAUACUAAUUAA